AUGUUCGUUUUUAAAUGUUCGUUUAGGUAAGUUUUUAUUCCGAUUUCCUAAUUUAGCCCGAAAAUUUACGCAAACGAUCAACGUUUACACCGUCACGCAAAACCUUAAACUUCCUUUUUAUAUCAAAAUAAAAGCGGUUAACGUGUAUUUUUGUUAUUGUAGACUCAGAAUGUAAAUUUCAAUUAGAUCAAAUUGUCUGUAGUUUUUCUUUCCAUUUAAUUGUGCUUUUUUUUUUUAAAUCGGAUUUUAAAAAAAAACAUAAAAUACGCAAAUCUACCACUGGUGGAAACCAUGGAAACCAGCUUUCGUCGCACGUUUGUGACGUAGUCAAGGCGCGUUUGUUUGUUGAGCACGAGGAUACCAACAUAAAUUUCUUGACUCGUGAAGACGGUGAGUUUACGACAUUUAUAUUGUUUGUUUAGUUAAUUAAACAUUAACGCUUUUGUCGCUAAACUGUGAAAUUAGUACGUUAUAUUGUGGGUAAAUUGCGGUAAUAAACGAAGAGAGCCUUUAAGAAUAGUGAAACGGUAACAAUAUUUGGUGUUUCUCUUCGUUAAGUGAUGAUUUUCUACUGAAACUUAAAGUAAUGUACAUUUUUAAUCAGCCAUACUUUGUACUCUGCGUGUAUUUAUACAUUUAGUCAGAGGCAGGACUCCUGUUUUUCUUGUGGACAGACUGUUUACAUGUCAAAACCAAAGCAAACUGAAGCCAAGAUCUACAGAAAAGACGAAGAAGUUACAAAAAAACAAACAUCUUUUAGAUUUGUGUUAACCCUCCUCCUGUGUUAGGUUCUGUACCAACCUGUUUUUGUUUUAAAAUGCUUAAAAGAACCACAUAAAUUAGUUUAUUUGCAUCAAGACUUUUUGACUCUGGCAGGAACCUCUAUUUCAACAAAAUAAAAAUAAAAGAUUAAAUAGAAUAAAUGAUAAAACUCUCUUAUUAAAAUUAUGACACUUUUUAUGUCAGGAUCGCUGUUGACCCGGUUAGAUUAAUAUCUAAUGAUAAGAGCAAAAAUUAAAAUCAUAUGUGCACUGAGAUUUAGGAAAUUCUCACUUUGCCAGGUUUUUCCCUGCGCAAGAAACAACGUCGAGCAUGUCCAGACAUGUGAGAUUAAUUCAGUAUAGAUGUCUGUGUGAGGGGUAUACUGACCCAGAAAGGUCCAGAGGCCCACUACAAAACCUAUUACAAACAAAAUUUUCAUGGAUAAUGACGCCUAACAAGGUAACUUAGAGAUGAGAACCAAAUUGGAUGAUAGAGAAUUGUUUUUAGUGUAAUUUACAGCUGCGCAGUAAAAGCUAACACAGGAGGAAGGUUAAGUGUGUUUGUGCCAUAUAUUAUCUGUCAUUUGUAAGCCUUGUGUUUAUUUGAGCCGUAAAACACUGUCUGAAAUGUUAGAACCAAUCAUGUUGUGAACUGUUAAGUCUUUGUGAUCCCCAGAAGCACCACUUUGGGAUUUCAAACAAGCGAAGAAGAAUGCACAGGAUAAUCCAGAGGCAAAAGAAAUUAGAUUAAAUUCCUCCUGGCAGCUUUACUGAUCAUUUUUCCUCUCCUAGAUAUCAUGGGAAAGAAUAAACAAAAAGGGAAAAAGCAGAAGAAUGUCUUUCAAGUCGCAAACAAGCACUUGAAAGUCAAAAACAAAGCCAAACCGGUCACAACGACACUCAAACACGUAAGAUCUCUGCCGUUUUGUUGUUGUUUUUUGUACACAUGCUCUGUAUUCUCCGUGGUUUGGAGUCAUGUGGCGCCUGCUGUUGUAUUACUUGUGGCUUCACAGAUCAAUGCGGUGAAAAAUGAAAAGGUGGAAAACCUCAAUCAGAUCUUUACAGAAGUCCAGAGGGAUGUUAAGAGCAUUUCGAAGUCUGUCGCUCCUGAGCCAAAGAAACAAACGCAGGUAGAAAUGCAGAGUCACCACAUUUCCAACACUUCAUCAUCACUCAGCCGUUAAAUUUCUAUGAGGUACUAAAUUCAGGUUUUUUUCUCUCCUUUCAGAUUGUCAGAGAGCCGCCGAAGGAACCCGUAAACGUCGACAAUGCAGCUCAGCUCUUCUCACAGCUAUGAUGGACUUUCAAAUGAGACUGCCAUAAACUCGGGGUACAGACACAGUGACUCAUUGAUAUGCUGUAUUUCUGUCCAUGUUGAAUGAUUUCUGACAUUUUAUAUCAAUGUGAGGGCUGCAGACAAGUUUGAAAACAGAAGAUGCUCCUUCUAUGGUGGUAAUAAGAAGGGGGUUUUAAUGAAAACAUUGUGCAUGUUUAAAGCCACAUGGUCUUAUUAACGGUCAGAUGUGUGCGCUGCUUGUUUUGAAAUGUUUUCGAUGGAUAUUUUGCAUAUUUUUUGUGAUAUAUAGACUUAAAUACAAAGUGGUAUACUCUUAAAUUAAAACUAAUGAUCUAAAUAUUUAAAUAUAGAGUAUCUGUUGGUUGUUGAUUGAACUAUAAUAUAUCAGAAAUACUAAAAAGUGACCAACACAGUUUCCAAGAACUCGAGCUGACAUCUUGGCACUUCUUAUUUUUGUCUGGUUGUCCAUGUUUAACCCUCAAAACAUCCUGUUUUCUGUCAUAUAUGGCAGGUCAUGAGGAGAUUGUAACAUGAGAGCAAGUGGAAAAAAAGAAAAUUGAAAAAUAAGUGGUCAAAGCUCCUGUACAGAAUUGGGUUGAAUAAAAAACCCUGUAAAUAAAGCAGUAAACCUUAUUUCUUUCGUGUCAAAAAUUCAUCCUGCAGUAAUUCACUGUAAAAAGAGCUCUCAGAGGAGAUUAUUGUAACCACUGAGUGAAAUGAGAAAAGUAUUUCCGGCUAAGAUUUGCAGUUCUUCUCCUCAUUGUUAAAAUUUCAUGUACCAGACAUUAGACAACUAUAACAGAAAGCGUUGCAGCAGCAUUUGGGAGCAUGUUGCUAAAACCUCCCUAAAAUCAUGAUCCGUACAGUAUGUGGAGUUUGAGUUACGCUACGUUUUCAAUGACUCUGAGUUGCUGUAAGGAAUUAAACCCAUCUAGAGGUGAUUGUGGAUUAUUUUCCUGAUAACAAAGAGCUCUAUUUCAUCAUUUCAUACCAUCGUCUCUGUUUGGAGUGCAGCUGAAGAUGAAGUAUAGAUUUUCUGCUCCACCUGCGAGUGCUGGGCUGUUAUCAGUAUGCUGCGGCUGUAUCCUUCUGCAGCAGCUUGACAUCAGAGGUCAUAGGUGCACCUGUGCUCGGCUGAUUGCUUGUCUCCUCGGUGACCUCUGACUGAGUUAGUUGGUCUAUAAAUCCGGGGCCAAAAGAAAGCAGGACUGAGGCUGGUAAACAAACCGAAACAUGACUGUGCGGACAUAAAUAAGAAUUAGAUUUGAGAUAAGACGCCAUAAUGAAAAUCUCUUAUCUUAGUGUAGAAUUUUAACACUUUACUUUUUCAGUCUGUCCCCUCAGCAAUGACCUCAAGGUGAACUUUCUCUUUUCUUCAUCUGCUUUGUGACUAACAGUAGUCAUCUAUUAUUAAUAGAGUGAUAAUAUUACCACGUCAGAUUGUCAAAUGGAAGCACUCGGGUAUAUCUGAGAUUAGCUUGUGUUUCUGUAUGGAUGAGAAACUGUCUGUGUUUGAUGCUUUGGGAAUGAGAAUGGACUGUGUUUAGAGUGAGCAGAGUGAUGUGAAACAAAGAUUCAAGCCCUGAAAAUAGUGCUAUGAUGAGGUUGAAUUGUGCUGAAAGAUAAUUUAAAACCCUAAACUCAGUUUCCACUAUGACACCAGGUGAUCCACAAAACUUGAAGCAGCUCUUUAACGACUUUUUAAGCGCCACCACAAGCUACCAAUAUUCAUUUUUUUGGUCUAGUAUGUGAGAUAUAAAAGUCUAAGAUGCCUGUGCACUUUUGUUUUGAUAUUUUUGAGCAAUAUAAGUCACAAUAAAUGACCUUAACUUGUCA